AUGGGGUGGUUAUCUGGAUCAAACAUAUCAUUAAGCAAAGACUUAUGGAUAGGAGGAGCAAUAUUGUUGGUCAUUCUUCUCACCAUCAUCUUGAGGAAAUUGGCAAUUUAUGUAGAUUCCCAAGCACAAGCAAGAUCUUUGGCUAAGGCACAAAGUAAUCAUAAGAACAUAGAGCUAUCUUCAUUAUCUACUACCAAGAGUAUUAGGACUUAUGCACUUGAGGAAAUCAAGAUGGCAACAAGGGAGUUCCGAAUACGGAUAGGUGUUGGAGCCACGUCUUAUGUUUAUCUCGCGGAACUUGGUGAUGGGCAAUUUGGAGCGGUCAAGAGGGUGAUGGAAGAGCGAGGAGGAUGCCAAAAGAUGUUUCUUGAUGAAGUCUCCAUCUUGCUUAGGAUUUCUCAUCCUAAUUUGGUUGCAUUGUUGGGAUUUUGCUUAGACAAAGGUGAGCAGCUACUUCUGUUAGAAUAUAUACCAAACAAGAGUCUCUUUGAUCGACUCCACACGAGUAAAGGCAAACUUUCAGGAACCCUCUCAUGGUCAAGUCGUUUAAGCAUUGCCUUGGACAUCGCGUACGCCCUUGACUACCUCCACUCUGUAGCCGACCCACCAGUUAUCCAUCGAGACGUCAAGUCAUCUAACAUCCUUCUCAUUAACGACGACCAUGCUAAACUAGCCGACUUUGGUCUAUGCAAAUUAGGCCAUGAUUCUUAUAGUGCCCAAACCCCAACAAUAAUACGCGGCUCAUUAGGCUAUGUUGAUACUAAUUAUCUCAACACGGGCCUAGUAUCACCUAAAAGUGACGUUUAUAGCUUUGGUGUCUUGUUACUGGAGCUUAUAACCGGGAUGAAAUCGUUACAAGGCUCGAUAACACUAGCAGAGUUAACCAUCGAGUGUAGGAAGAAUCAGGAUGUGGAUGUUAUGAUGGGUAUGUUGGAUCCGAAUUUGGAUGGUCAAGUCAAUGUAGAACAAUUUAGAGUUCUAGUCCAUGUGGCAAAUAUGGCAUUGCUAGAGAACUCGAUGGCUAGACCAAAUAUGGCGGAAAUUGCAUAUAGAAUAUCAAGUUGUAUGGAUCAUUCUGAUAUCGAUUUGCCCGUUUGA